CCCACUGUCAUUCUCAGUUACCUACCAUGGACAUCGCCCGUACCGACUCUCCCAUUCAGGGCUUCCCGACAGCCCCCUCACCCUCGCCUAACCCGCUCGUCCUACCCUCGCCCGACUGGGUACGCGCUCUUGCCAUCCAGACACCCGACCAUCCAGAUCCCGACGCGCCUGACGAUGUCCUAGGCAUCGAGGCAGAGGCUGAUCUCGUCUCCCUUGUUCACCAUCUUUCUUUCCCGUCCCACUGGGAUGAUGCUACCGCAUAUUCUCCCACACUUUCAAGUCGCAUAUCGACCGACUCGCUGCUUACCAUCGCCCAUUCCCCUUCCUCUGCCGCCAGCAGCUCGCAUACUCUUGUCAAAACACGCUCCUUCGCAUCGCUGAGACUGUCGCUUAACGGUAAACGGGAAGCCGUGUACAUCGUUGAGGAUGAUGAUGACGACGACGACGAUGGAAUGGAUACAGUGGAAGACUUUACUGGUGGAUGGGCGUACAGCUGCGAGGAAGAGCUACCGCCGUCGCGGUUUUCAAUCGAUGAAGACGACUAUAUACCGUCGCCACAGCCGACCUCACCCAUCUCGACGCGAUUUAGCGUCAGGCCAAUAUGGCCCGUGCGGUCGCGUGCGGUCUCAUUUUCCACGCAUCCACCGCCCCCGCCAUCGAUGCCGCCGUCACUGCCACCAUCCCCUUCGGCACUGGUGUUGAAGAAAAGCAAACGCAAAACAACGCUCAGCGUCCUCAGCAAUAUUCACCUCGGCAUGUUUUCCUUCUAGAUUGUAUAUUUUAUUGCAUCCGGAUCGCUUUUCUUGUUUACUUACUGGACUAUGCACGCUCCUUGUCGCUUUGCCGAACAUGCACACUCAUUUGGAUACGACCACGCUCUUUGCUUUAUCUCUCUCAUCUUACGCAUACAUUGGCUUUUGUUACUGUACCGCAUCCCGUUCCGUAUGUAUUCAUAUGUAUUCUAGUACUGAUAUUAGACUUGGUCCAAAAACAUUUUACAAGCACCAUAGUGACUUGUUUCAAG